AUGCAAGCAGUGCUACGCGCCGGUCAGGGCCAGCGUCGGGAGCUCCGGGGCGGCGGGCGACGGGCGGCUAGGGCUGAGCGGGGAUAUAAGCCCUACAACAGCCUCACCAGCCCGAAGACUGUCCUCGACUGGACGAUCGCGGCCGGAUCCAUCUACGGGCUGAUCAACGGCUACCGCACCUCGGUGCAGACGGGCGUGCAAGCGCUCGCCACGCUGCUCAGCACGGUGCAACUCCUCAUGAUCUGCCGGCUGAUCAACCAAGCGACGCGCAUCCGGUUCGCCCACCGGCACGCGACGCAAAAGACCCAACUCACGACCCUCAGCUUCUGGGCCUCGCUCUCCACCCCGGCGGCGAACUGGACCCUGCCCCCACUCCUCGUGUGCGCGACCUUCCUGCUGGCCAACCUCUCCGCCGUGCUCUCCGCCCUCUGGACGGGCGCCCUCACCCCGACCACCACGACCACCACCCACCGCUACCCGCUGCCGAUCCCCUCCUACCGCAACACCAGCUUCAUCCUCGAAUACCCGUCGCAGAUCGACCGCACCGGCCCCACCGCCCGCACCCCGCAGGGCUACUUCACCUACUCCGUGGGGCUCGCGCAGCUGACCGCGCUGAUCUCCUCGGCCAGCACGGCCUCCCCGCUGCUCGCCAACGCCAGCCGCGUGCACCCCAAGCUCGACAGCACGGGGUACAGCUACACGGGGCGCUCGUACGGCGUCGGCGCCGCGGUCGGGCUCACCGAUUCCGCCCUGCGGGCCACCUACCCGCACGCCACGGGCUACACCUACCGCGAACCCGGGUACGUCGCCACCGUCGAGUGCACCUACAACCGCUCCACCGCCUUCCGGCUGGAGGCGCUGGGCGAGUACGCCCUGUACGCGGCCCGCGGGCCCUUGCCGGAUAGUGUCAACGCGAGCCAGCGGAGCGGCGGCGAGUACUCCGUGUAUACGGGGUAUAGCACACGGACGAUCGUGGCGGUGGGCGUGGCGGCGCAGCCGGUCGCGUACACGCGCCACCGGUAUGUGGCUGUCGCGGCGGGCGGGUAUUAUGUCGGGUUGAAUGCGAGUCAGUGUGUGGUGGGGUUUGAGCCGGAGUGGUUUGAGGUGGUGGUUGGGGUUGCCGCGAAGGAGAUACGGGUUGGGCGGGCGGCGGCGGCGGCGGCGGCGGCGGCCGGGGAUGCAACAACCUCGGGAGAAGGCAACGCGACAGCCGACAUCGACCCCACCAACAAGACCAUCCACGUCGCCAUGCGCCAGCUGGAACUCAUCUCCAACGAUCUGACGAGCUUCUACCGCUCCACCCUGGGCGACGCCUUCAACACCAGUAUCGCCGAUUAUCGCACGUCCGUGACCUCCAAUACCACCAUAUCCGAAGAUGCCAUCGCCCUCGCCGGCAUCACGAACGUGUACAUCUCGCUCAUAGACGACAUCCUGGCCGGCUACGCGUCGGCGCAGCUGAUGGUGGGCGGGUUCACGCGCCUGACGCGGGCGACGGUGACGGUCGAGGCGUUCCGCGUCGGGUCGCACCCGUACAUCGUCUGUGUGUUCGGGACAUCGCUGGCGCUGCUGCUGGCCGUGGCGGCGGAGAUGGGGCGCACGCGGCUGUGGCGGGGUCUGCCGCGGUGGGAUUACAUGGAGAUGAAGAUGGUGGUGGCGGCGGCGUCGAACGGGGGCCGCGGGAUCGCGGAGCGCGCGGCGGAGAAAGGUGAGAUCGGGGUAGUAGGUUUGAUCGCGAGGAUCGGUCGCAAAGAAGAAUGGAGGCUCUUCCUAUAUUGUGUUCUCUCCAAGCGCCUCAGUAAUGCGAAGCAUGUCAGCUGUAGGGGGGUUUCUUCAUGUAGAUAG